AUGAACAAAUUUGGUCGCGUCCCAAGACUUUUGAAACACACUGUACAGCUUUAUAUUAUCCCAGGCCAAUGUCAGAAACUUGAUUACAUGCUAUCCGAACAACUGCAUAUUGAAAAAAUACAUCGCGAGCAACAAACCAUAAAUAGAAACUCUACUGGAUCAUUCAAAGUCUUCCGAGGUCAAAGUUUAUCUUUCGCAGACUUUGCAAAGAUGAAAAAUACGAUAGGUGGACUUAUGUCGUUCAAUAGUUUUUUAUCUACAAGUUAUGACAGAGAUAUUUCUCUUGAACUUUACGCACGAUCUGUAGCAAUCAACGAUCCGAGUUCUGUAGGAAUCCUUUUUGUCAUGACCAUUAACCUAGCAGCAUGCCGCGAUUCAACAAACGCUUUUGCCGACGCAAGCACAGAAAGCUUCUUCCAGGAAGAAGAGAAAGAACUAAUCUUAUCCUCCCAUACGGUUUUUCGCAUUGACCAAAUAGAAAUAAUUCCGGACGAGCACACUGAUAAGCUCUGGGAAGUAAGUCUCACACUCCAAGAUCCCAACAGUCAUGAUCUGCAAACCCUAACAGUACAAAUACGAAAAGAAGUAUGCGAAGCAGCCAAACCAGGAUGGUCUCGAUUAGGUAUUAUACUCAUCAAACUCGGUGCAUAUUCAAAAGCGGAAUACCUCUAUAAAGUGCUUCUGGAAAAAACAGCUACCCAAAUUGAGCAAGCGAGUUAUAUUCAACUACUUGGCGUCGUAUACAGCAGUACGGGGGAGUACUUCAAAGCACUUUCAUGGUUCGAAAGAUCACUUGAAAUCCUCAAAAUAGCUCACUCACCGAAUCAUCCCGACUUGGCUGUUUCAUACAACAACAUCGCUUCAGUACAUUGUCACAUGGGUGAGUAUUCGAAAGCACUUUCAUUCUAUGAAAGAUCCCUUGAAAUUCUCAAAAUGGCUCGCUCACCAAAUCAUCUGGACUUGGCCGCUCCGUACAGCAACAUCGCUUCAGUACAUUGCCACCUGGGCAUGUACUCAAAAGCACUUUCAUCGUAUGAAAAAUCACUUGAAAUCCGAAAAAUAGCUCUCCCAUCGAACCAUCCUGACUUUGCUGAUUCCUACCACAGUAUCGCUUCAGUGUAUGGAUACAUGGGAGAAUACUCAAAAGCAUUAUCAUCUUACAAAAGGUCACUUGAAAUUCAAGAAAUAGCUCUGCCUCCGAAUCAUCCUGACUUGGCUACUUCCUAUAACAACAUCGGCAUAAUGUAUAAUAAAAUGGGCGAGUACGCCAAGGCACUUUCAUCGUAUGAAAGAUCACUUGAAAUCCGAGAAAUAGCUCUCCCACAGAAUCUCCCCGCGUUGGCUACUUCCUACAAUAGCAUCGCUUCAGUGUAUAAUAACAUGGGCGAGUACUCAAAAGCACUUUCAUCGUAUGAAAGAUCACUUGAAAUCCGAAAACUAGCUCUCCCAUUGAACCAUCCUGACUUGGCUGCUUCCUAUAACAAUAUCGCCUCAGUGUAUGAUAACAUGGGCGAAUACUCGAAAGCACUUUUAUCGCACGAAAGAGCACUCGAAAUCGUGAAAAUAGCUCUCCCUUCGAAUCAUCCAGACUUGGCGGCUUCCUACAACAACAUUGGUAUGGUGUAUGAUAAAAUAGGAGAGCACGCCAAAGCACUUUCAUCGUACGAAAGAUCGCUUGAAAUCCUCAAAAUAGCUCAGCCCCCGAAUUAUCCUGACAUAGCUGCUACCUACAACAACAUUGGUAUGUUGUAUAAUGGCAUGGGCGAGUACUCGAAAGCCCUUUCAUCAUACGAAAGAUCGCUUGAAAUAUUGGAAAGUGUACUUUCUGAAAACCAUCCGCACAUUGCACUUGUGAGAAGUUGCGAUCAUAUAAAAAAUAUUAAAAAAUCUGCAAAAGAUUCAAGGCUCACGCAACAAGAAUUAUCGAGAUCUGCUGAAUUAACAUCCAAUCGACCAAUAUCUUCAUCUUCAGCAAAUUCACAAUUAGAUAAAGUUGAUGAUGCUUCUCCAACUUCUAUGCCAACAUCUCAUACUGAAUCCCAGAUCGUAGUAAAUCAGAGUAUGCAAGCUAGUAAACGUCUUUUGGCAUCACAGUCACAGAAUAAUCAUCCAGCAAAGAGAAGUCGCGUUUGA